CAAGUAUAAUUAUGUAGGAGGACAUGAAGUUUGCGCAUAAUGUAUGGAAGAUUAAAAUUGGAUUAACAUACAUACAUGACUGUACGAGAUUUUGCAUAGUACGGAAUAAAUGGUAACGUAAAAGGACAGCUAUAUCCACAAUAUUAGAUAACCCAACUUCAUUUUCGGAAUCCCCUUCUAUCCGAAAUUUUCUCUUUCGGAACUUCGAGAAAACGAAUGCACUCCAUUUGAAAACGGCAAGACUAUGCUGACACGGCUAUGUCUGGUGUGUUUGCUGGCGGUGAUUUCUCCUGUUCUCACUCAGAACUGGCAGGCAAGACCCGACGAAUGUGGUAGAAAACAUGCUGGGAUUAGCACGCAGAUCGUAGGGGGUGAGCCCGCAGAGGAAUAUGCCUGGCCCUGGCAGGUUGCAAUGCUUGAGAAUGGAGAACAGAUAUGUGGGGCGUCCCUGAUCGACCCGUGGUGGAUCAUUACUGCUGCUCAUUGUGUGGACCCGUGUUACCUCUGCACGCCGCACGUCUUUGAGUUCCGAGUCGGCUCCAUCAGCCUCACAUCGAAAACCGAUGUCACCCAGGUCCGUCGCGCAUCCAGGAUCUUCACCCAUCCCGAGUACGAUCUACUCGAUGAGGACGAGGAUGACCACGACAUCGCCUUGUUCAGGAUGUCGCAGCCCUUUAAUCUCACCCAAGAUUAUCGCGUGAAUACGGUCUGUCUUCCAACGGGGGAUAUGGACGAUGAGUUCGGUGCUGGAAAGGUCGCUACGGUCACAGGCUGGGGUACCCUUCAGAGUGGAAAAUCCGAUUUCCCUGACACGAUGUACCAGGUGAACGUCCCCAUCUACGACCAGGAGCAGUGUAACAAGUCCCUCAACGGUGAAAUCACGGACAACAUGCUGUGCGCUGGCCUGCCAGAGGGAGGAGUCGAUGCUUGUCAGGGGGACAGUGGAGGCCCCCUGGUAGCACUGGGAGGGGGUAACAGCGACCAGUACUACCUAGUUGGUAUUGUAAGCUGGGGUGAAGGGUGUGGCGAUGCAGACUCCCCCGGUGUCUAUACCAGAGUAACUCGCUUCGAGGACUGGAUCCUGCCGAUCUUCAACAACAAUUAUACCUUGGAUUCAUAUGUUCCGUGUGUUUGCCCAGAAUAUAUGUCUGCCGCAGUCAUAGCAGGAUUGACCUCUUUGUCAAUACUUUUAGCCGUCUCACUGGGCUUCAAUACAGCGCUCACAAUCAUGUGGAAAAAGAAAAGCAAAAAAGAAGUCCAAGAUGGCUGGAAGGGAGACAUUGGACACGCUAUGACAGACAAAGAGGGAACAUGAUUAUACACACACUAAGCGAUUCUCUCUCUCUCUCUCUCUCUCUCUUU